AUGAUGCAUCCAUCGUUUAGCAAUCCUUCCAACACUAAUAUCCACACAGAAUUACAAUCCUGUCUGCUACGUGUCCUUUUAACCAAUGCUAACAUGAGGUCAUUGCGUCAUUUCUCUUCUGAACCUUCCCAUCCAAAAAAGCUUCUCUCCAUGUUGUAUCAUCUCAUUGAUUUGGCUUUGCAAUUUGAACCAACAGAAUUACCUCUUCGAUGGUCCUCCUAUUCGACUCAACUUCCAAAUAUGGGGCAUCCUCUUCUGCAUGAUGAACAAGUCUCUUCCUUAAUGUUAUCUUCUCAAACGAAAUCGCCUCUCUAUGCAAAUGCACUGGUUCAUGAUCAUUCUCAAAUGAAUGAAUCCAAUAAUGAACAGAGAAUGCCAAUGAUGAUCAUGGAUCAAUACCAUGUUUACGAUCACAUUCAAUUGGAAUGUGUGAAUUCCUCCUCAUCCUCAUUCCAAUCGUCGUCGAAUGAACCUAUUUGGUUUCCUCCAGCUCAUUUGGUGAAUCGUUUGUUUGAGGGAACAUGUUCGAGUGCAAACAAGAAGAUUUCAAUUUUGGAUGGAGUUCAUUCGCAACUGCCAUCAGAAGAGGAGGAUCAGUCUCUCAUUGAUUCCUCUCCUAUAGACAAGAGGACAUGCCCUCUUGAACAGAAUCAAUGUUACUCAAAUUCGAGAAUUGUUGGGGAUUCAGAGUUGUUGACCUCUCCAUUGUCACCUGUCACGGAAUUCAUGCAGAAAGCUUUGGGAUCUUGUUUUUUUGAAACAACAACCACAAAUACGACUUGUUCUUUUGAAACAAAUUCAACAACAACAACAACACCUAACGAUGCAUCUAUUUCUACAAACACUCAUCUCCAGAAUAAUCGAUGGUUGAAAAAGAAAUCUUCCAAGAGUACCAACAGUAAUACUGCUAAAUUGUUUAAUCAUUCAUUGAUGAAAAUGUCAACAAAAGAAACGACGAAUCCCACCCACAAAAUUGUCAAGACAAGAAAGACCUCUAAGAGUGCGCCUCCCUCAUUGUUUCGAACACUAAAUGUUGCUUCAGAUCAAAAACAACAACUCCUCGAAGUAUUGAACCGAAACGAAUGGUCAGCAGAACGAUUGGCUUCCUUUGUGACACAGUGGAAACACACGUCGUAUUCCGUGCAUGACCAAAACAUGAAUUAA